AUGCCACAGCUAGACACAUCAACCUGAUUUAUUACUAUUAUAUCAAUAAUUAUAACACUAUUUAUUGUAUUCCAAUUAAAGAUCUCAAAAUACUUAUAUCCAUCAAAUCCAGAACUUAAAUCCACAGCUACACUAAAACAGCUUAACCCCUGAGAAAAAAAAUGAACGAAAAUCUAUUCACCUCUUUCACUACCCCAACAAUAA